CUCACAUCGCUUUGCAUCACUUCCUGUUCGCUUCUUCGACCUUUUCUCGUGACCACUGUAACGUCUCUCAGACCCAGCACUCGAUCAGAUCUGACGAGCAGAGCAGCACACCUCUCAACCUCUCCCAAACACCGCACCAAACAUGAGUGCUGAACAGCCAUCCAACACUGAGGGCAAGGCCGACGUCCAGAUGGACACUGGUUCCUCCGCAAAGGGCAAAGGCAAGGCUGCCGAACCCAACGAUGCCAUGUCCGAAGAUGAUUCGGAGAAUAGCGAGGAAGAGGCUGAGGGCGAGCCAGAAGAGGCCGACGAGGACAACAUGGAGGAAAUCGAUCCAGACAACAUUGUUCAGAGCCGCACUCGCGGCAAGAACAUCGACUACGCCGAGGCCGCCAAGCAGAUGCCGGAGGGCGACGAUGACGAGGAGGACGAUGAGGACUUCCAAGACGACGAUGCAAUGGAGGAUUGAGGGACGAUGCCGCCACGUCUUGCGUUCUAGUCAUAUUUGCAGGAUACCACCACGCGCCUCUUCAUAGAGAGAGACAUGGCCAUUCUCCUACUUGAAUGGGCUGGCACCCUGCUGGGCUGGAUACUGAUAUUUCUCUGGCACGCCGCGUGCCUCUUGAAUCUCAGUUGACUAUUGUGGCAGACUACACAGCUUGUGACGACUUCAGGCUGUGCAGCUACCUGAGCAUCGCGAGGGGGUUCAGCGAGCAUCCGCAUCGCUAAAAGUACAAAAUUGCACAGCACCUUCAACCAAAAGCAGUAUCCCAAGGCUCC